GAAAUCUCUUUGCCUCUCUCCGAGCCGCGAGAGCGUCUUUGAGGAAGGGCCAAAUCACGGGGGGAAGGAGGAAAAAUAAAAAAUAAAAAUGUAUGCGAAUACGCUCCCCCCUCUCUCCUCCUCCCCUUCCCAUGGAUCCCUCUUCUCUAAAAGGUAUGGAUUGUCUUCAUGAUUGGAGAAUAUCAUGUUGCAGUGCCUAGAGGGGAUCAGGCAACUAGCUGCUGUCCUCCUGAAGUGCUGUGAUCUUGACCUGUGCAAGCAACCUAAGGGUCUUGAAGAUCCUGAACUUUUGGCAAGGGAAACAGUUUUUAGUGUAAGUGAAAUCGAAGCUUUGUAUGAGCUAUUCAAAAAGAUCAGCAGUGCUGUUAUAGAUGAUGGCUUGAUUAACAAGGAGGAGUUCCAACUUGCACUCUUCAAGACGAAUAAAAAAGAAAGCCUAUUUGCUGAUCGCGUAUUUGACUUAUUCGAUACAAAACAUAAUGGAAUUCUUGGGUUUGAGGAAUUUGCACGAGCUCUAUCUGUAUUUCACCCUAAUGCUCCAAUUGAUGAUAAAAUCGAGUUUUCUUUCCAACUAUAUGAUCUCAAGCAACAAGGUUUCAUAGAACGACAAGAGGUUAAGCAAAUGGUAGUGGCUACACUUGCUGAGUCAGGCAUGAACCUUUCAGAUGAAGUCAUAGAAAGUAUCAUAGAUAAGACAUUUGAGGAAGCAGACACAAAGCAUGAUGGGAAAAUUGACAGGGAAGAGUGGCGAAAUCUUGUUAUGAGACAUCCAUCUUUGCUAAAGAAUAUGACUCUUCCGUAUCUCAAAGACAUUACUACGACAUUCCCAAGCUUUGUGUUCCACUCUCAAGUCAACGAUACCUGAGGUUUCGUUCUAUGCAUCUUCAAAACCAGCAGAUAUGUUCAUAAAUCAUUUGUUAAGCUAGUUUGGUUUUGACAUCGCCAGAACAUCACAGUGCACAGAGGAAUAUUCUCUUCUUUAUUUUAUAUUUCAGUGACCUUACUGUAUUUAUUUUCAUCUGAGGGGGAUAUUUAAUUCCGCGACAUUCGGCAUGAUGUUUAGUUAUUAUUGUCAUUUAUCUUUUUUCAGCUUGGAAGUUCUGAAUUGUGUAUAAAUUUGAAAUACUUUGGUGGUUCGGUAUCGGUAUCAUUAAGCAAAGCAAGAGUACGGGGUUGGUCUUCUAUCUGUUCUGUAAAACUUCCUAAGCAAAACUUAAGCCUGAUCUGUCCAAAUUUUCCUUUCUUUGAUUGAUUCAACCGGUUCGAUCAAUUUGGACUGAA